AUGACGUAUUCGUCUAAACAGGAAGUUUAGACAGCACGCUUCUUUUUCUCUCCACCACGUGACCCGCACGUUACCGCUGCUAUCGUCAUCAUUAGACACCCUAAAUGCCGGAGGUCUGAGCCGCCAUGAUGACAGCUGGCAGGCUGAACUUCUGCAACAUCACCGCCCUGGCUCCGAUGGUCCGGGUGGGGACUCUGCCCAUGAGGCUGCUGGCUCUGGACUACGGAGCUGACGUGGUUUACUGCGAGGAGUUGAUUGACAUAAAAAUGGCUCAGUGUCACAGGGUGGAGAACCAGGUGCUGCAGACGGUGGAUUUCGUCGCCCCUGAUGAUCGAGUGAUGUUCAGGACCUGUGAGAGGGAGAAGGACAGAGUCGUCUUCCAGAUGGGGACUGCUGACCCAGACCGAGCGCUGACCGUCGCCCAGCUUGUGGAGAAGGAUGUGGCCGCCAUCGAUGUGAACAUGGGCUGUCCAAAAGAAUACUCCACCAAGGGCGGGAUGGGAGCUGCUCUUCUGUCAGAUCCUGAUAAAAUCGAGGCGAUUCUGAAGAAGCUCGUCACAGGCGUUUCCAUUCCUGUCACGUGUAAAAUCAGAAUCCUGCCUUCGGUGGAGGACACGGUCAGUCUGGUCCAGAGGAUCGAGAAGACCGGCGUCGCUGCUGUGGCUGUUCACGGCAGGUUAAAGGAGGAGCGUCCCCGACAUCCCCUUCACUGUGAUUACAUUCAGGCCGUCGCUCGGGCUGUUUCCAUCCCUGUCAUCGCCAACGGAGGCUCUCUGGACAUGGUGAAGACAAACGCAGACAUCGAGGAGUUCAGGAAGGCGACGGGAGCUUCUUCCGUCAUGUUGGCACGCGCAGCCAUGUGGAAUGCAUCCGUAUUCACCGACCAGGGGCCGCUACCUUUGGAGAAGGUCAUGGAGGACUAUCUUAAAUAUGCAAUCAGGUACGACAACAACGCCUACAACUCAAAGUACUGUCUGUGUCAGAUGCUCCGAGACAAGGUGGAGUCUCCUCUGGGGAAACAGGUCCAGGCGGCUCAGACCACCGCAGAGAUCAGUGAGGCGUACGGGCUGCAGGAGUUUUACCAGCAGAUCCAGAACGAGCAGCAGAGCAGGAAGGACGCCCUGCAGACCAACAGCCAGCCGGACCACCCCGUGAUGGACGGAGACCUCACCACCAUGGCGGUGAAGUUUGAGCGGAGGGAGUAUCCGCCUCACAUCACUCCGAAGAUGUUCCUGCUGGAGUGGAGCCGCAAGGAGAAGCUGGAGCAGCCGUUUUAUGAGACGGUGCAGCGCUCUCAGGACCGAGCCUUCCAGUCCACCGUCACCAUCGCAGGCAAGAAGUACCGAUCAUCUCUGUGGGAGAAGUCAAAGAAAUUCGCAGAGCAAGCUGCCGCCGUCGUCUGCCUGCGAAUUCUUGGCGUACCCGAGGGUCGUAUUGGCGAGGAGGACUCCGGUCUGGUCUGCAAGAGGAAGAGGGACGGGAAGCUGAACGGCACCACAGAAGAAGAGGGGAGCAAGAAGCGACAUGUAGUUGAUAUCCAACUGGAAACGGACAAUACAGAGACCGGCGUGGUGGCUAACGGGGACCAUCGCGACCCCGACACGCCUCCAGAACGAGCGUAGAGUUUGUUAAGGAAAAACUUUUCUUUUAAGUCUCAACAAAAGGAUGAAACGUCUCGAACAAACGAUGGACGUUUGCGUGAAGCAGAGGAACGAAUUAAGGAGUUCAAAGACGCGGCCUUCACAGGUGAUUUUAAUUUGUCCGCAGCUUGACCUCUUCACCUUUUUCUUUGUUUGAACAUUUUAUAUCGUCCUGGAAAGUGACAUCGAAGUUUCAGUUCUUUGUCCUCGAACAAAAACCGCAGCUACUCGACUCUGGCAGAAUAUUCUUAAGCUUUUAUUUUUCCCUUCUAUCUCUUAAUGAGAACGGUUUCUACAUGUUCAAACUGGGAUCUUCCUCCUGGAUAUUCAAAGUAAACAACCCUCCAGAUUUGGCAUCAAUAUAAACGUCAUAUUUUA